AUGGACAGGCACACUGCGUACAAACUAUGCCACAAGCUGUGGCCUCAGUGCAAGGCGAUGCAAACAGGCCACAAUCAAUAUCUAGGAUCACGGCCGGCAUGCAUCGGGCCGCAUCUUCAACCAGCCUUGAAGCGCCACACAAAGAAAGUUCAAGCAGGAGGAUUCUCCUAUCAUCAUGAGCAAUCGCACAGGCGUACCAAGGACAACAUCAUCACUGUUGUCAUGAACAAUCUUGGAACUGACGUCCCAGAUGCAAUCAAUUGGGUCGAGAAUCACUACAAUCAGUUGAUGAUGAAAUUCAUCGAAAAACACAACAAGGUACCAAGACGGAGGGAGCCUACCGAUUCGCAGGUCAUGAAUUACAUCAAGAGCUUUGACGGAUGGGUCUGGGUGAAUGCAGGCACUACAUAG